GAGAGCUGGAUUGGGAUCCUGACGGCGAUGGAUGCCACCAGCCCAGAUAUCUUCCGCGGGAUCGCAGUGCAUCGGGCGCUGCAGCGCGCACCUCGAAAGUGGGCGCAUGCAGACUUCGAGGGAAUGCAUGCUCUUACCCAGAAGACGGCGCAUUUUCACGAGUUCUGGUCCCACAGCUGGCGCACGAAGGAAUGGUUGAAGUAUCUGAACAUCCUGUUCCUGCACAACGGCUUACCUGCCAGCGUUGUUGGCACGCUGUGUGCCCUUUUAGCAUUCUUCUUGAGCUUCACUGGGCUUUUGCCGGUUUGGGCCGGCGACAACACGGGAUAUAUUUGGUGCACCCCUGCCGGAAUACUUGGCUACUACACGGCUUUAGUGCUAUGGAGGUCAAAGAAGCUGGCUUUCCUCGACAUUGCCUGCAUAAAUCAGACGGACUCCCGCUUGAAAGCCGAGGCACUGGUAA